UACAAGCCAAACGAUAAAGAACUCUUACGUCUCUACUCACAUUCUCUCGCUCUCGAUUGCGCCCUCUAUAUAGUAUUUUUAAAACCUGGUGUAUAAAUUUCUUAAAUCACACGGGAUUUUUUUGUGUGUCGGUAUUUUUUGCACAUCCGUUAUCUGCAUUCUCUCUUGCUCUCUCUCUCUGUCUCCUCAACAACGUCAGCUGUGAGCAGCAAAAAAAUUAGCCUACUCACUAAAAAUUUAUUACACUCAUACUAAAAUUGAAUGGUUUAUUAAAGACUUUUUAUCAAGCUGCUUAUAGAACACUUGUUUCAUACGCUCGUUGAUCGUUGAAGAAGCAACACACGCUGCAAAUUAACAACGGAACGGUUUUAAGAGAAAUAAAAAAAUAUUAAAGACAAAUUUUGAAAAAAAAAGAUAUAAACGUGAAAUUACGUUAAACUUAAACGGAAGUAAACAAACAAAAUAAACUCAAUAAAAGUGAAGUGAAUUUACAAAAAAAUUAAUAACAAUUUAAUAAAAAAAACUAAUUUAAAAACCAAAUUAAUAAAACUAAAAAAGUUUUCUGAUAUUGUUAUUAAAAAAACCAAAACAAACUUAAAUAAAUUAAUAAAAUGGUUACCGGUGUUUGUGGACCCACAAUGACAGCCAAUGUAAUUGGAGCACCUAUUUCACAUCCUCCCAAGGAGACACCUGCUAAAAGCGAUCGUCGUUCUAACAAACCUAUUAUGGAAAAAAGACGACGUGCCCGCAUUAACAAUUGCUUAAAUGAAUUGAAAACCCUAAUUUUAGAUGCCACCAAAAAAGACCCUGCUCGUCAUUCCAAAUUGGAAAAGGCUGAUAUCUUGGAAAAGACCGUUAAACAUUUGCAGGAAUUGCAACGUCAACAGGCCGCCAUGCAACAGGCUGCCGAUCCCAAAGUCAUUAACAAAUUCAAGGCUGGUUUUGCCGAUUGUGCCAAUGAGGUUAGUCGUUUUCCCGGUCUAGAGCCAGCCGUCAAACGCCGACUCUUGCAGCAUUUACAAAACUGCAUUAAUGGUGUCAAGACGGAAUUGCAUCAUCAUCAACGUCAAGCUAAUGCCGCCUCAAUGGCUGUCCAACAAUUGCAUGGACAAAUCUUGCCUUCACCUCCCUCCUCACCCGAACAAGAUUAUCAUCAUGUUCAGCAACAGCAUCAAUACAUCAUGAGCUCUCAGAUACAACAAACUCCCCAUGGUUACUUCCUGCCCAAUGGUUUGCAAGUGAUACCUACCAAAUUAUCUAAUGGCACCAUAGCCUUGGUAUUGCCUCAACAACAAUCCCUAGCCAAUGCUAGUGGUACUCAACAUCCACCUAUGUUGGUUCCCAUUCCCUCCCGCACUGCCUCUACCGGCUCAGCUUCAUCUCACAGCUCCUAUGAGCAAUCCUACUCCAGCAACUCAGCCAUGCUACACUUUGCUCCUCCCAGUCCAGCCAACUCUCAUGAAGCCAUGGACUACAAACCCUCAGUUAUACAUCAUGCUCCCGCUCUGCAACAACACAACAAUCCACAGCCCUUGGCUUUGGUCACCAAAAAACAAAUCAAAGAAGAAGAACAACCAUGGCGUCCCUGGUGAGAGGUGUGUGUGGUGAUGUUAAUGGAAGUUAACGUUUGCUUAGAACCAAAGUGUUUUUAGAGAACACCAAGACUUCUUCACAACUCACUAGCUGCAUUACGGAAAUGACUGGUAUAAUGGCAGAUCAUGAGAAAUUAUGCAUGAGGGUCGCCAGAACCAUGGUCAUUUUGGGGCAGUCUAACAAAAACGUCAUCAAGGUAAACAUGACAGGCGUGCUCAACAAAACAGAAACUUGUAAAGAACUGGAAAAGACACGCUGCUCUUACAUACACUUACACUCACACUUUUUAAAAAAGGCAAAAUUUCUUAUUAAAAAAGCCUAAAAAAACAAAGGAAAAGUUUUUACUCCUCAUUGUCUCUCACACGUACAUCCACACUUAAGCAUUUUCGCUAAAAGGGAAAAUGUUGAAAAUCAUAAGUUCAUGUUCUCAACAAACAACAAUCCAGCAAGUGAGCUCUUAACAACAACAACAAAAGUCUCUUUACUAUACCCGCCUAAGAGUGUAUAUUGCUAAAAUAGAGAUUUAAAACGAGUUUGUUUUCCAAUGGAAUAUACACUCUGCCUCCACUCGCUCACACAGUCGUCUUCCCCCUCCUUUUUUAUCAUUAUCAUUGAACUAUUUAAUGUGUUAUUCAUUAACUUAAUGAAACAACUACCUCAUACAAACAAAUAUUAGUAUUAUGUUAAAAACAACAACAAAAAAAAAGUUAUUUUAUAACCAAUAAAAUCUGCAAGUCUUCCUUGACAAUAAUUUUUACUAAAAUUUUUAAAAAAAGAACAACAAAAUCUUUUUUAUAAAGAAAACAUUGUAAAACUUUAUUUUUAGAUUUUAAGUAUAACAAUUGUUAAAAAAAGAAAACAAAACUGAUUGUGAACAACACAAAGUGAUAAAAAAUUCAUAUUUAUUUAAAAUUAAAAAAAAUAUGUUUAAAACAAAAAUAUAAAACUUUUAUUAAAGGUUUAAAAAAUAA